AUGGACAUGAGGGCCAGAUCGCCGAUAUCGUUCCUGCUGCUGGGGUGGGCGUCGUGUCUGUUGGUCCAGAAUGGUCCAGUUCACUCGUUGAACCCGGACGCUGGCCCUUGGGUGCUGCCCACGCAGGGCGAACCUUGGCCCCAUCCGAAUCUCCGUCGCAUGAGCCAAGCGUUCUAUCUUCUGCGUGCCUCGACCUUCCAGUUCAACGUGAGUGAUCGGCGAGACGUGCGAUAUCAUGACGGAUGCGGUAGAAAGGUACAAGGCGAUCAUUCUAACGGAAGCGCGAAUAGCGAAGAUCUCGUCGCAAGGGCAUCCGAGAUCGCCGGUGAGGGACGAUGGAACCAUUAAAGGUACCCUUAACACUUUGGACAUUCGUCUGGGCGAGUCUUGCGAGAAGGAUGGCAACCACUGGCCUCAUUUGCAAAUGUCGGAAUCAUACACUCUCAUUAUUAAUGAAACCUCUACGGUCGCAAAUCUAAUGGCUGAGUCAAUAUGGGGAAUUCUUCGAGGUCUCGAGACAUUUUCUCAACUCUUAAUUCCAGCUGGCGAUAGUUCUAACUUAAAAAUAAGAUGUCAGACUAUUGUGGAUCGACCAAUGCUCCCUCAUCGUGGACUCUUAUUAGACACGUCUCGCCAUUAUUUGCCCAUCUCUGACAUCAUGCUUACAUUGGACGCCAUGUCUUACAAUAAAAUGAACGUUCUCCACUGGCACAUCGUCGACGACAACAGCUUCCCCUAUCAGAGCUCCAGUUAUCCGGAUUUGUCCGCCAAGGGAGCGUACCAUCCCUCAAUGGUAUACACGUUGAACGACAUUCAGAAGAUUGUCGACUACGCUAGGCUAAGGGGUAUCCGAGUGAUGCCGGAAUUCGAUACUCCUGGACAUACCAGGUCAUGGGGUUCAGCCUAUCCUGAACUAUUGACCACUUGCUACGUCAGCCGAUUUACAAAAUCAAAGUCAAAGAAAUUUCUGAACUGUCACGUCGAAAUGUUACUAGAUAAAGGAAAGCCAAAUGGUAAACUGGGCCCGAUGAAUCCUACGAAUCCGAAUCUGUACGAGUUCCUUCGCCACCUAUUCGCCGAGAUCGUACAGGUAUUUCCGGAUCAAUACGUCCAUCUAGGCGGCGACGAAGUGCCAUUCGAUUGUUGGAGGAGCAAUCCAGAGAUCAGUGCGUAUGUGAAGUCGCGGAACAUGUCCAGGUACGAAGUUCUCGAGAGCGAGUACAUCGGCAAGCUUCUUCAGAUCACGAAUUCUCUUCAAGCGAGCACGAUCGUGUGGCAGGAGGUAUUCGAGAAUGGAGUCGUUAUGCCGAAUAACACGGUCGUUCACGUGUGGACAGGCCAGUGGGCGAAAAAAUUGGAAAAUGCUACUAAGGCUGGCCAUCCAGUGCUGUUAUCAGCCUGUUGGUAUUUGGAUCACCUUGGUACUGGCAGUGGUGACUGGAAGAAGUACUACAAAUGCGAUCCAAUGUCAUUCAUCGGAGCCGCAAAUGUAACUCAUUUGAUGUUGGGUGGUGAAGCUUGCAUGUGGGGAGAAUUUGUCGACAGGAAUAAUGUACACCCAAGAAUAUGGCCUCGUGCUAGUGCAGCGGCAGAACGUCUCUGGACUAUUUUGAAACAAGAUGAGAACAAGGCUGCCCAACGUCUCGAGGAACAUGCUUGUCGCAUGAACAGACGUGGUAUCCCGGCACAACCACCGAAUGGACCUGGAUUCUGCGUGAUGUUUACCUACGGCCUUGCACGGCUUGUCCACCUUGUUGCGCCAUUCCUUGUCCACCAAAGGUUAUCGUCGCUUGUACACCACCGCCGCCACCCUGUCCACCACCUUGUCCAACUGUGACGUUCGUCUGUACCAAGAAAAUGGUCCCCUGUAUGCCCUGUCCACCGCCUACGCCGCCUCCUUGCUCCCCUUGUCGAGCAGUUUGCCCGGAUAAAAGCAGCAGACAGAAAGCAUCGUCCAGGCGGCCAAGCGUUAGUAGUUUGCAACAUAAGCCUCUUAAACCUGAGAAAUUGCCAUCUACGCACGGCCUUGUCGAUCCUAGUGAUCCUUCAAAAAUAACUAACAAAGCUGCGGACGUUUCUUUGCCAAAGACCAGAUUUAACUCUCAAGACAGAUGCAAAGAGCCUAGGUCGUGUUCCUCGCCGAGACUGAAAUAUUUCCCUGCGGAGAAAAUCAAAAAGUUGGAGAGCCCUCCGCCUUUUUCACCGAAACCGAUGGCUGCGUUGGUCGGGCAACGGGAUCCUCGACAAACCGGAAUUUUGUACGUAGCCGGACUUCCUGAGCAAUGUCGUGACGAUGGUCAAGGUGACGUUGCAGCUGUCCAACAGCAUCAACAUCUACAAUCGCAAGGUGUGCAGAGCGCGAGUCAGCAACAGGUUGUGCCUCAGCAAGCGAUCCAUCAGAUCGGUCAGAUGAAUCCGCACUCGGAGAGCAUGCUGUCUCAACAAGUUUCAAACGUCCAGUCUCAUCGUCCUUUCGUACCUUAUGGUUCACGUGACUAUUCUCCUCAGAGGAAUCCUCACGUAGCUUCCUCUAAUCCGCCUCAAGGCCCAAUGACACCUCAACCACACGUGCAGCAAGUGACAAACGUUUCAGUCGUGGAUCAGAGGAAAGUAAAGAGCGAGGAUCUGAUAGGCACCAACGAUCUCGAUUACGAGAAACAACCGAUAGGAGGUCGAAACGCGGCAGUCUACAGACGAAUGAUGAUAGACAAACAGCAAGCGCAGCCUGACUCUCAGCUAAGUCCUAUCGCGUUAAGUACGCCUAACGUUAAUCAACAGAACGUUUAUAGUCAGUGUCCGUCGGACAGUCACGUGCCGCUGUACAGGAACCUUCAGAAUCCUCAGCAGAUUUACCAGCAGCUGCAGCAGAACAUGGCGCAGCAGCAACAAAUGCAGCAAAAGGCUAACAGUUAUCAGAUGCAGAUGAUGGGAAGUCAACAGCAGAUGGCAGGUUACUUUCCUAGUCAGAGGAUGAUCUCUCCUCAGGAUGUAACGGCAAGUCAAAUGAGAAACACGCGUAUGCUUGGACCGAAUCAAUCGAAUUACGCGAUGAAUCCACAGAACAGAUGGAUGACGAACGGCCAGGUGGCCGAGCAUUCGAGUAUCAAGGCGCAACUGAAUCCUUACAACGUCGAUGUGGUGAAUGGCAACCAGACGCUCUACAGACCACAGAAUCAACAGCAGCAAUUGCUGCCACUGUAUCAGCAACAGCCUGUGCAUCAGCUUCAGAUGUACGGGAAUCCUGUACAGAGGCAACAGAAUUUGAAUGCGUAUAAUCAGCCGAGUUUCAGUCAGCAGAUGAACGUGAAUUCCAGUCAGCAAAUGGUCCCUCUUCAGCAGUUCAAUCCUCAACAGCCGCAAGACAAACACCCGGAUGUUCAAAGUCAGAGGAGGAAGCCUUUGAAGUUCACUAUCGGUAUGAUCCACGACCAAGAUAAACUGUUGGCAACGAUGAAGCAACAAGGCGUACCCAUGGAUAUCAUGCGCAGACAAUUCGAGAUACUGUUGAACGAGCAGCGAAAGCACUUGGAGUAUUUGGAGCUUCUGCGGCAACAAGAAGAGCCUCCAGUAACGAAGACCGUGGUCACGAAACGGAAGAGGAAGGAGCAGGAGGAGAAACCUGAGUGGAUGAUUCAUUUGACCCCUCCGAGAUUGUCUUACGUGGAAAUCGAGAAAAUGUACGAACAACGGAAGAAGCAACGGGAAAUGGAGAUGAUCCAACAGCAGCAACAAAGUCAACAGAUGGCAAGUCAAAUGUCUGGUCAGCAAAUUCCCGUUCAGGUUGCAAGUCAACAACACUGGCAACAGGCUAACUGGCAGCAACAACAGAGGCAGAAUUUGCAGAACUGUAAUCACAUGUAUUCUCAAGCUCAUGCGAUACCAAGGUUUGGCAAUAUGAAUGAACUGAUGAAGAGUAACGUGAACAACCCGCAAAGCGUGCAACAGUAUGUUCAUCAACAGCCUCAUCAGCAGUACUACAAUCCACAGGUUAUGCAACAGUAUCAGCAGUUUUAUCAGGCUGUUCCUCAGCAAAAUCAGGAACAGGUUCAGUCUUACAAUCAAUUUCCGAAUGACAACAGGCCGUCUACGGAGCCGUAUAGUCUGUCAAAGAUACGUCAGUACAAGAAAGAGAUCCGGCCGCAGAAGUUGCAGAACGGACUGCAGGACCCGGAAGCGGCGAAGAGGAUGCUGGAGAACGAUACAGUGUCGUCGGAGAUUAGAAAGAGGCUACAAUACCUGGUAAAUUUCGCUCCGAAGAAGCCUAUAGUGAGGCUGAAUGGAAUGCAAGACUACAGCGAGGCAGAAGCAGAGUUUCAGCAUCGUUUGAUAACCUCUACUUUGCCGCCGCCUGUCAAAAGGAUAUCUGCAAAUGGUUUGGAGAACUCCAGAAAUCCGAACAACCCUCCAGCUCAACGGUUGUUGGUGAAGAAGAUGGAACAAGAAUAUGCAAGGGAAUAUCCCAGACAGAAAUCGGAUAUCUCCAGGAACUACCGCAACGUGCAAGCUGAGAGAGAAAACGGGACCACGAACCAGCCACAAUUACUCGUCCAACAACAACUACCAACAGCAGGACAACAACAAUUCCCGGGACAGAAUUCGACGAGUGUCAUUCCUCACAAUUGUGGGAACGUGAUGUCGUUCAGGUUCGAUGGAAAUUAUCCCCAGCACUAUCAGCAGAUGCAGCAAUAUUAUCAGGCCACGAGAAAUUUAGUGAGAAACAACGGCGAAGGCGAUGUUGGCUCAAGUCAGGGGGCAGAGCAAAAUAAGGGGAGCUUCGAUCAUGCUGGCGGCGACGCUAGUCAUGGCAACAUGACUAGUUCGAUGAACAGACAAAUGGCGGAGGGCAAGAUGCUACCCGAGAAGAUGUAUUACGGCCAACCGGAUAUUCACGAAUCGAAAACCAUCGGGGGUGUGAGAUACUUGGCCAGGAAGCAGGAUUACUUGCCCAAUCAGCAGAUUAUGAUACCAGAAACUUUGGUCGCGAACAGGCACGCGCAAAUCCCGACGAUGAGUUAA